AUUCAGUAUAGAUCGCUAAAAUUGUAGUGGUGCUUUUACGUUAUCCAGGACUACUUGAAAUAGGAACGAAGCUUGUUGGAAGGGGUUUUCGGUAGACGUUUAGUUUUUGCUGAAUUUUUGUUCGAAAUCACAAUGAAAAGUGUUAUCGUGAUAAUAGCAAUCUCCGUAUUGACACAACGGGCGCACGCAUGGGGUGGAUUGUUUAACAGGUUUUCGCCGGAAAUGCUUGCAAAUAUGGGAUACGGCGGUCACAGCGGAUUUAUACAGAGAGCUGGUGAUGAAGGUAUCCUAGAAGAGUUUGAAACAGAUUCUGACGACGAUCCAUGUUACGGCCGACGUUGUACAGCAAACGAACACUGCUGCCCCGGCUUAGUUUGCGUUGACGUUGAUGGAGCAGGAACAUGUCUAUUCGCAUACGGACGAAGAGCCGGCGAACUAUGCAGACGAGAUAGCGACUGUGAAUCAGGAUUACUUUGUACCGAAUCAGAAUCCGGCGGAGCAACAAGAAUCUGCAGGCCCCCCGUGAGGCAAGACAAGCAAUACUCCGAAACGUGCAACAUGUCGAGCGAGUGCGAUAUCUCAAGGGGACUAUGCUGUCAAUUGCAAAGGCGACAUAGGCAAGCACCUCGAAAGGUUUGUUCAUAUUUCAAGGAUCCAUUGGUAUGUAUAGGACCAGUAGCAUCAGACCAAAUAAAAAAUUCUAUACAACACACUGCUGGCGAGAAAAGGUUAACUGGAUUUACAGCAUAUAAAAGACCCAUGCAUUAAUUUCAUUGUUUGUUGCCGACCCGACUACUCAUUUGGGUUGUACUGUUUAAUGUAAACUAAAAUUGAAGUUACACAAGGCGUUACGUGGGUUGGAAUUACAAUCAAUCAUUUGUAUAAUUAAGCAAACCAUUUUCAAAAUUGCAACCGGAGCCCUUCACUCAAUUACACAAACCGCCAUAGCGCAGUGUGUAACUUCCUUUAUAUUUAUUUACUU